AUGACCACGGGGCGUACACCAGCUGAGACCAGGCUAGACCUGGAGGACAUAGAGGAGCAGGGGAUCCCUCCAGGCAGACACACUGCAGAGGGACUACUGGAGGAAGUAGUGGAGGUAGAGGCAGAGGAACCAGCUCAGGAGGAGGACUCCACCCAGAGUCACAUCAGGGCUCUGGUCAAGAACAGGGACCCAAGGGGAGUCAACAAGUGUCUAAAGGUGACCUUUGAGGACGUGAUAGCAGAGCCCCCCUCGGUGCGGAGCUUCGAUAAGGUGUGGCUGUGGAGCCACGCCCUAUUUGAGGUGUCCCGUCUCUGGUGCUACCGGCUGAUCUCCCUCCUCCUGGCCGUGCCCGUCUCUCUGGUAGCAGGGAUCCUCUUCGCUGUCUUCAGCUGCCUACAUAUCUGGCUGAUCACGCCCUUUAUUCAGCUCUUCCUGAUCAACAUGCACUGGGUUCAGACUGUGUGGGGCAGUGUAUUGGACAUCGCCAUCGCUCCCUUCUUUAAGAGUAUGGGGAAGUGCUGCAGUAGCAUCAAUGUCCGACUGGCCAGGGACUGA